GCCGUAGUUCCGUGACCCCGGAAAUGGCGGCACUGCCCUAAGCUGUCACACCGAAGACCGGCAACCGGCGCCGGGAGCGUGAGCGGUAGCAGGAGGCAAACUCGGCCUCUACAGGGGGAGGAGGGGACCCCAGCAAAAUGCCUGCAUUGCCCUUGGAUGAACUACAGAUCACAGAAAAGGAUCCAAAGACGGGCAAGCUGAGGACAGUGCCAGCUCUGCACCCAGACCAGAAGGCCGACCGCUGCUUUGUGCUGUACAAACCUCCACCUGCAGACGGCACCACCGCACGGGUGGAAGAGUACCUGGAACGGGCCGCCUUCAUCGCCGACGACCUCGACUGGCUGCUGGCCCUGCCCCACAAGAAGUUCUGGUGCCAGGUGAUCUUCGAUGAGACCCUGCAGAAGUGCCUGGACUCCUACCUGCGCUAUGCCCCCCGCAAGUUUGACGAGCUGGCCGCACCCCCUUCGGCGGUCAGUGAGAUGCAACAGCGCCUCCACCGCAGCGUCUUCCUCACCUUCCUCCGUAUGUCCACACACAAAGAAUCCAAAGAUCACUUCAUUUCCCCGUGUGCUUUUGGAGAAAUCCUCUAUAACAACUUCCUCUUUGACAUCCCAAAGAUGCUGGACUUGUGCGUGCUCUUCGGAAAGGGCAACGGGCCCCUGCUCCAGAAGAUGAUCGAAAACAUCUUUAUUCAGCAGUCAAGUUACUACAAUGAUCUGGAUGAAACUGUACCCACUAUCCUUCAGGUUUUCAGCAACAUCCUGCAGCGGUGCGGCUUGCGGAGUGAAGGGGCCUCCAGCGAGCCCCAGAGAUUGGAAGAAAAAGUCAGGACGACCCCCAGUGCCAUGCCUCUCCAGGAAUUGAGAGACGUGGUCCUCUAUUUGUGCGAUGCCACGACCACCCUCUGGGCCUUUCUGGAUGUCUUCCCAUUGGCUUGUCAGACCUUCCAAAAGCACGACUUCUGUUCCAGACUGGCUUCCUUUUAUGAGGCUUCGAUCCCUGAGCUGGAAUCUGCAAUCAAGAAGAGAAGGCAUGAGGAUAGCAAGCUGCUAGCUGACCUGUGGCAGAGACUCUCCCACUCCCGGAAGAAGCUGGUGGAAGUUUUCCAUAUCCUCAUUAACCAGAUCUGCCUCCUUCCCAUCUUAGAAAGCAGCUGCGACAACAUCCAGGCCUUUAUCGAGGACUUUCUUCAGCUCUUCAGCUCGGUGCUGCAGGAGAAGAGGUUUCUCCGAGAUUAUGAUGAGCUCUUCCCUGUGGCAGACGACGUGAGUUUGCUGCAGCAGGCAUCUUCGGCCUUGGAUGAAACCCGGACCGCCUACAUCCUCCAGGCCGUGGAGAGCGCAUGGGAAGGUGUGGACAAGAGGAAAGCCUCUGCUGUCAAGGACUUGCCCCUGUCCAAGGCUCCUGAAGGGCCUUUGGCCCCAGAGCCGUGGCCUGGGACGGCGCCAGCACAGCUGAAGACCAAGGACGAGGAGGACGAGUGUGCUGGAGCAGCCGCCGCUGCGCCUACUCCUCGCGUCUCCGGAGUCCAGCUCGACUCCCUGAUCUCCCAGGUUAAGGACUUGCUGCCGGACCUGGGGGAGGGCUUCAUCCUGGCCUGCCUGGAGCACUAUGGCUACAGCCCCGAGCAGGUGAUAAACAACAUUCUGGAGGAGAGGCUGGCCCCGGCCCUGAGCUCCCUGGAUCGCACCCUGAAUAGGCAGAUGCAGCCAGGCCCGACCCCGCUGGUCAAUUCUCGCCAUAACGUUUUCCAGAAUGAUGAGUUUGACGUCUUCAGCAGAGACACUGUGGACCUGUCACGUGUGCAGAAAGGCAGGCGGAAAGGGGAGAACACACGAAGCUUGCUAAAUGACAAGCGCGUGGUCCAGGAGCAGCGGGAGCGCUACAGCCAGUACAGUGUGGUGGUGGACGAGAUCACUGUCCAGGAAGGGGGAGCCGAGGGCCAGCUCGGCAGGGACGACUAUGAGGACGAGUAUGACGACACGUAUGACGGCAACCAAGUGGGCGCCAACGACGCGGACUCGGACGAUGAGCUUAUCACGCGGAGGCCAUUCACCACUCCCCAGGUGCUGAGAACUAGAGUGCCUCAUGAGGGGCCUGAUGAUGAGGAAGAGGAAGAGGAAGAGGCUGAAGAAGAAGGCCCUAAGCCGGAUCAUUUUGUGCAGGACCCAGCCGUGCUGAGGGAGCGAGCCGAAGCCCAGCGAAUGGCCCACCUGGCCCGGAGAGGGUACAGGCAUGAUGGCUCUUCGGCAGUCGCUGGCAACCCACGGGGCCACGGGCAGAGCCGGGAGACCACCCAGGAGCGCCGGAGGAAGGAAGCCAACAAGGGGGCGAGGGCCAAUCACAACCGGCGGCUCAUGGCGGACAGGAAGAGGACCAAGGGCAUGAUCCCAUCCUGAAAGCGCCCCUCCUCUUCCCCCUCUCCCCCACCCCCCUCGGAGGCCAGACUGGCCCCCUCCCCUCUAGCCAAAGCAUUGGACCCAAGGCCAUUUGUGAUUCUGACUGACUGCUCCUCCAUGCCUCCCUGCCAGCUGUCGCUUGGACUGAGGCCCGAGAGCUUGUUGUCUUCCCUUCCAGGAUGCGUCCGCUGCGCAGGCCCCAGAAAAGGGCUUUCAGGCCCGCGGUGAGCCGGGGCCGGCGGCCGACUCCAGGAUCCUUCCCUCUGACCACCGAGUGCCUUAUCCACCAGUGACCUGACUCCAGGGCUGCCGAACUUGAGCACAUGUCGUGGGUGGUCCCCAGGACCACCUGGGACCCCCGACAGGCCUUCCUCCUCAUGCAGGGCGUGGCAAGAAUUCUGUACAUAAGACCCACAAAUAAACUCUCUGAAGCCAUUGGCAUUAUCCAUGAAGGGCCAGCGGCCCCCUUCCAUUCCACGCUCCAGCUUCUGGGCCCCAUGGCAGCAGCGGUGGCAGGCACCAGGAAGCACUCGUACCCAUCCAUCCUGUGUGUGCUACGGGUGAGAGUUUUCUCAAGUCUUUCCUUUCUGUCUCGUCUGAUGCUCACAGUCAUCCUGGUGAUCUUAUUUCCAUUUCACAGAGAAGGAGACCGAGGCCCUCAGAGGGAAGGGACUUGGACAUUGAGUUAGUCUCAGGGCUGGAGGAGAGCCCUGGCCCCUCAAUUCUCAGACCAGGGCUCUUGGCAUUCCACACCCUUCAGAAAUAAGAUGGGAGGGAAUCAGCGUGUAGAAAUCCCAGGGAUGAUUGGGGGAGGGGGGAAGCAGCAGAGAGGAUCACUGGGCGGCCCCUCCCCCAGCCAGCCUGUCCACACCGGUUGCCACCAGGGCCCAGGGCACAAAUCAUCGCUGAUUCCUUCCUUCCCCUGCCCUGGCCUUGGCCAGUAGUAAAUAAUACAAUCACCGCUUGUAGCCAAGGGCCCCCAAGAGGCCAAGGGUUUUCUGGGAGCUGAUUUCAGCUCCGGCCAUUGAGUGAACUCCAUUAAUGCUGCUCUGCUGGGAACCCCCCCUUGCCCAGGCUGGCCGGGCCUGACAAAUCACCCCCUGGACGAAGACGAUUUAUUCUCCCACAUUGGGGAUGAGCAUAUUAACUGGAGAGGCAGACAGGCGCUUGACAAAUGAGCUUUGUUAGGUCAACCCACACAAGUGAAAAUCAAUAGCAAUUUCUCUCUGCGUCGGCUUGCGUUCUCUCUGCACCACUGAGGAUGCAGGAGAAGGUGCCAGCUGGUGCCCCCACCCUCAUACUGGACCCGGGCCCUCUGAGGAUGACCUUGGAGCAGUCCGUCCUCAUAGACAGUGUGGCUCUUUGUCCAGGUCACCAUUUCUCUCCAGCGUCUUGGCAUGGAACCAUGAACCACAUCUUCCUGGCAGAGACUUCUUAGCAAAGGAGUCAGAUGGUUGGGGGUUCCCAGUGGCCACUCAGCAGGUCAAUCAGCAAUGUCAUGGCUUCCAUUCCCUUCCCGGACUUCUCGGCGGAAACAUCCCAAUCUCUUGUCCCUCCCCCACCUGCAUUCAUUCAACAAACAAGCCCCUCUUUUUGUACCACUGUGCUAGGCACCAUGAGGGGACAUGUCGCAGAAUGUAUCCAAACCUUGGCUCACAUCCUUGAGUUUACAGUUGAGCUGGGGAGGGCCGGCAUGUCUACACUCAUCGUGUGAUGCCCCAGGGGUUGGGGUAGGGGCUGGGGAUCUGGCUUCAUGGGGUUCACACUCACACACAGACUCAAGGGUGCAUUGUUAGACACACACACACACACACACACACACACACACACACACACACGACAAGACCACCGAUCCCACUGGGGAUGCCCCAUGGCCAUGGUGGCUGAGGGCCAGGUGGUCAGUGCAGACAGGGAGGUGAGAGGCAGCCACAGUGGUCAGUCUUGAUGGGGCUCACACACACACUCAAGGGUGCAUCGUUAGACACACACACACGACAAGACCACCGACCCCACCAGGGAUGUCCCACAGCCAUGCCAGCUGAGGGCCAGGUGGUCAGUGCAAACAGGGAGGUGAGAGGCAGUCACAACGGUCAGUCUUCAUAGGGCUCACACUCAUAAACGCACACUCAAGGGUGCAUUGUUAGACACACACAUGACAAGAUCACCGACCCCACUAGUGGUCGGUACAGACAGGGAGGUGAGAGGCGGUCACAGUGGUCAGUCUUUGUUGGGGUGGAGGAAGGAAGGAAGGAGCUGAGCUGGCCUCUCUUCCCUUUGCCAUCACUUCCCUCUUCCUGCGGGCAUCUCGCUUCCCUGCCCUUUGACACUCCCGCCCAACUGACUGGCAACUGCCUCCUAAACACUUGUGCCUUUGCUCACAACUCUUCCUGAUGCUGGAAAUGUCUUCCCUCUCCCUCUUUGCCUAUGACUUUAGACCCACCCUUCAAAGCCCAAUUCCAACAGCACCUCCUCCAGGAAGCCUGUCCUGGUUUCACCCUCACCCUUCCCUCACGGAGCACUUUGUUUUAUAACUCUAAUGCACUUAUGGAAUACUCUGGUGGUUUCUUAUCCUUGGUAGACUGUAAGCUCCACAAGGGCAGGGACUAUGUCUCACUUAACUUUGUACCCAACAAGGCCCACCCUGCACGAGGUUAAGGGCUUAAUAAACAUUUGGUGGAUGA